AUGGCAAGCCUCAACACCACUCACUGGAACGAGACUACAUCCAUUUCCCACUAUCUGGGCUUUCAAGUGCAGAAAAUUUACCCGUUCCAUGAUAACUGGAACACCGCCUGCUUUAUUAUUCUGAUCAUAUUCAUCUUUACUGUAGUUUCGCUGGUGGUGUUGGCUUUCCUCUAUGAACUGCUAGACUGCUGCUGCUGUGUGAAAAACAAAACUGUGAAAGACUUGGAGAACGAACCCAAUCCUGUCAGAGCAAUGAUGAACAGCUUCAGAAAGCGCGAAACGGAGGUGGUGUAG